UAUGAGAUUCAGGAAGAUAAAGGAAUUCAGAUACAAGCGUAGACAAAAUCAAUAACUUUAAUAUAUAUAAAUACCAAACAAUUAAGUUCCACAUAAUUAAAAUAAUAAUAUCCAAAAUUAUUAAAGACAGCAGCCCUCUCCUUAAAAUUAAAUUCAAGUCAAUUCUUAAUAUUCAAAUUCCAUUAAGUUAAAUCAACCAUAACCUUAUAUUACUGCACCAAAUAUUCCUUAAAACGUACCUUAAUUAUUGUGGCCCUAUUUAUGUUUAUUUGUAUUUAAUUUGGGAUUAGGAAUUGCUAUAUUUGCUACCUAAGGAAGUGAAACAGCAAUCAUAAUCUUUGAAGUUUUUAAGUAAUGUUUAUUUAUAUUACUUAGAAUGCUAUUAAACAUUAUUUCAGGAAUCUACUAUUACUCUAAAUCUACAGAAACCAUUUUUAAUGUACCACAAUGUUUCAAAAUUUUAUUUUGUAUAAUACUUACAUAAUUUUUUUGCAAUUUUAUCUAACUUCUAAUAUGUUGGAUAACAUAAGUUAGCUAUUCACUCUAAUUAGUAACUAUAAUAUUAUUAAUUAUUUUUUUAUUAUAUUUUUAUUAUUAGAGAAAGAGGUAUGUAAAAGGAUGA